ACAGCAUCGCAAAUAAAAUGUGACAGAUUUGCGUGAAAAGGAGUCGCCUCGGCUGCCAAUAAUAUAGUUGUUGUUAUUAAAAGUACCGAUUAAUUGAAAGCUAAUUCCUUUCUUUCCCCCCAUUUGGUUGUCCUGUACGGAUUGUACACAACCGCAGAACGUGCGGUUCGAUUCUUUACCCCCGUCGGCCACAAUUGCUUCUUGCACAGUCGGGGUGGAGAGGACGCGGCAGUGCGAGAGCAACAGCAGCAACAGCAGCAGCAGCAGCCACUCUAUUAGCAUAAUUGGCCCGAAACACACAAGUGCAUUUGUGAGCGAAGGGGAGUGUACGAGUGGCGGGGCAGCGAUUGUUGGGUGGAGUAGUGUAUUCCCUCGUCUCGUGUUGAUGCAGAACAUUUUGCUACGAUUUUCGCACUAGGCGGACUGGGCAGAAUCGGACGGGCUUGACGGACGGACGCAAACCCACUCCCCUCCCUCAGUCUAACGCCCAUAUCGGAAGUGGAAGAUAUCGCGCGUUCAUUUCGCGUGUACAGCGAACCGUAGGGGGUGUUAAACAACAAGGAACCGCAAAAGGCACCUCACCACCGCUGCACCAUGGCAUCCUUCGACGUGUACGAUCGGUCGAGCUGGUACUUCGGGGCGAUGUCACGCCAGGACGCAACCGAUUUGCUGCUGAACGAGCGCGAAAGUGGCGUAUUUCUGGUGCGCGACAGCACAACGAUCGUGGGCGACUUUGUGCUGUGCGUGCGGGAAGACUCGAAAGUGAGCCACUACAUCAUCAACAAACUGCCAUCGGGCGAUGAGUGUUUCGUGUACCGGAUCGGCGACCAGACCUUUGCCGACCUGCCGGAUCUGCUGUCCUUCUACAAGCUGCACUAUCUCGACACGACACCGCUGCGCCGGCCGAUGGUGCGCCGGCUGGAGAAGGUCAUUGGCAAGUUUGACUUCGACGGGAGCGAUCCGGACGAUCUGCCGUUCAAGAAGGGUGAGAUACUGCACAUCAUAAGCAAGGACGAGGAGCAAUGGUGGACGGCGCGGAACGGGGCGGGCCAAACGGGCCAGAUACCGGUGCCGUACGUGACGCGAUACGAGGAAAACAUUAUCGAGCGGCCAAAUUCGGGUGGCGGUGGUGGCGGUGCUGGUCCGGGCCAUCAUCACCAUCACCAUGCGCAUCCGGCGACCGGUGGUGGUGGUGGUGGUGGAAUGCACCAUUCGGAGAAUUCGAACAUUUUCAAAUCGAACCUCAACCGGCAGCUGCCAGCACUGGCACGGGUUAAGCAGGAGCGCGUCCCGAACGCGUACGACGAGACGGCCCUGAAGCUGAGCGUCGGCGACGUUAUAAAGGUGCUGAAGACGAACAUCAACGGGCAGUGGGAGGGUGAGCUGAAGGGCAAGAUUGGCCACUUCCCCUUCACGCACGUGGAGUUUAUUGACGAGUGAACCGGCGAGGCUGUGCUAGCGGUGGUGGGGGAAAGGCCUACCCUCCCCCUUUACGUGCUGAUAGAGCGACUUGACGCACAAACCAUUAUGUGUUAACCGUCUCCGUGAGUAUGUGUGUAUGUGUGUACCGCUUCGGUUACUUUUAUUAAUUUAACGGAAUUUAUGUUCUUUCGAAAAAAAAAAAACCGACCAGCGUUUCGGUUCGAAACAGAUGUGAACCCCGUGACCCAUCCGGGAGGGGUUUGGCGCCCCAGUUUUGGGGCUACCGGGGGUGCAUGUCUGUGUGAGUGUAUGCUGCUCUAAGUAACUAUAUUUAAUGUGUACAGCUUUGUAUUUAGUCCAGUUUUGUGUGUAAGUCAAAAACAAACAAAAAACCCACGAAGGCGCGUGAUGUGAAAGGUAGAAGGGAGGCAGUAGUAGUAAUGCGCCCACAUCAUCCUGUGUUGUACGUGAACGUUCCGAGUCAUUCAGUUUAAGGUGAUUUUAAUUACAAUUAUAGGCUAUAGUUAUUAUUUGUUAGUAGACCUUUUUUUUCUUUUCUUUUGUUGAUGAUGAUGAUUUGCGAUUCCGAGGUAACAAACAACACAAAUUCCAGGCAAAUUUACAGUAGGUUUAGCUUAGCUGCGAGGGAAGAAGAAGAACCUCCUACUACUGUAGGUAGAUAGGUGCGACGACACGCUUAGACACAACACAACAGCCUAUAUAGACGCGUAGGGUCAUGACAAGAGAGGGGGAGGGGAGUUUUAUUUACCAGCUUAUUAUAUUACAUUCAAAUGUUCCCCUCUCGUUGCUGUUGUUGUGGUUGCAAACGGGUUUAAUCCAGAGCACCCGAAUCGAUCGAACGCGAAAAGUCAACUAUCGGGAUGAAAGCGAAAAGAAACUCUGUAGAAUUUAAGAUUUAAUUAUUAUACGUUUUUUAGUGGAUGGGGGGGGGGCGG